AUGGAGCGCUUGCGCAUGAAUGUUGAAGUGAAGGAGAAGUUGCAGGAUGCCCUAGCCAUCAUGUCCCUUGGCGAAAACAUCCCUCUCUCGUUAUCCGAACUGCACGCUCUCUCGGACGAUAUCCUCACGCUAGCGGGCGACGCUUCCGUCGAUGCAUCGUGGUAUUCGAAGCGCAUGGCUGUGGCGGCUGUGUAUGCAUCGUCGGAGUUUGUGAUGACGCGGGAUACGAGUGCGGGGCUGCGUGAUACGGAGGAGUUCCUGAGUCGCCGGUGGGCGGAUGCAAGAGCUGUGAAGGAUAAGUUGUCCGGGGUGAAACAGUGCUUGGGAUUCUUGGGGUCGACUGCUGUGGGAUUGGGGAGGAGUUGGGGGUUGAAGCUGUAA